AUGCAGCAUCCCGCCGCGGCAACAAGCAUCGUGGUGGAGGAGGAAACCAGGGAAAUGGUCGCUUGUCGCUUGGUUGCCGCAGGUGUUCCCGAUUUAGCAGGCCAAGACCAGCUGAUUGCCCACAUUGCUGCAACUGCCGCGCACGAGAGCCCACAGGGGCAGGGGCUUAUUCACGAGCUCAUCGGUAACCCGCCCCACCUCGGCGAAGCCCUUCAGGUUAGACGAGAGCCUGGCGUCGUCUAA